AUGCCUGACGGAUAUAACGAAGCACGUGCUCUACGAGUAUCUGAAAUAAUCAACGACUUUCGAACAUUGCUUGUCCAUAUAUCCCAGCUGAAGCUAGAUGCCACAGAGAUGGGAGAGGUGGCCCAGGGCUACAUCCUCAUGAGACAAUGCGUUGCCGAAGCUCAGGAGUUGUUGGCAUCACAGUUCGACAUCCAGUCAAUCCAAAAUCUGCAAGGUGACGGCGAGUUUGAAAAGGUCCAGUUGCAGAGGAUCAUUCUCGAUGCAAGCGCGCGCAGGUUUCAGGCGCACAAGAUCUACCAACGCAUGGCCGCAGCCAGACGGUGGGCGAUGAGCCGAGCACAGAUGCUCCAGGGCCAACGACCCAGCUCUCGUCACACUACUGCCCUCGCCGGCCUUGACGAUACCCUGCGCACUGAACUCUCGAGGAUCACGGACAGCUAUGUCUUGAGCACCCUUGCCUCUGCCGAUGUCCGUGCAGGCUAUUGGCUCAACGAAGACCCCUCAUUGAGUACCAUACUGAACUGGAUUCGGUCGCAUUCUUAG